GAAACAAUUUCGCUUUGAAUCUCAACCGCGAGUUAAGUGACAAAAAUUAAUUGGGACACAAAAACAUCCUCAAAAUCUAAUCUAAUAUUGGGAUAUCUUCUGAAUCUCACUUUUUUCGUUUCUUUAAUUAUUUUUUCUCCAAAACCUCAAUCUCACAUUUUUUUAACCCAAAAUUCUCUCCAAAUCUCAUCCUCUCCAACUCCAUGCAAUGUGCAUAGCAUGCACAAACCCCACUUUUACCUCCCACGCAAAUAAUUUUGACUAUUCUCUCCUCCGAUCCCUUCUCCUUCCUCUCCACAUCUCACCGCUCCCCAUACUCCCAUGGAGGAGCGGACUCCAUCAUUUUCAUUGCCACAAUCGCCUAAAGUUGACCCCAAUCAGAACCAACUCUGCAAACUCCAAUUGGAAAACAUCAACAAUAAUGGAACCUAUGUUAUCCAAGUCCCUAGGGACCAAGUCUACCGUGUACCUCCUCCAGAAAAUGCCCGAAUCGCUGAGAAAUAUCAGAAAACAACUGUAAAAGUCGAUAGAAAGAGACGAUGUUGGAUCUACGCAAGAAUUGUUAUGUACAUUGGCAUUGUUUUAUGCAUUGGUUGCCUCCUAAUUGGCUUUUACAUCAUGUUAAAUAAGCCUAAGGAUCCAAGAUUCGUAAUCCAACAGUUUAGUUUCCAGAACGGAACCAAUCCAACAUACAACAUCACUUUACAAGUCCACAAUCCAAAUUCAAAAGCAGGGAUUUUGUACAAAGAAGGGCAGGUUUCACUCUCGGCAAAGCAACAAGAAAUCGCAUCGGGUGCAUUUCCAACUGUCUUUCAAGAACAUUGUAGCUCAACGACGAUGACGUUAAAAUUGAAAGAGUUGAAAGAUAAUAACCUACCUAAAGAAGUCCAAGAGAGCGUGACAAAUGUGAACAAGAAAGUGCAUGUCACGUUUUCUUUAACCAUGCAAUAUCAUGCAGGAAUCACAACAUGGAAGUUACGUGAUGGGAAAAAGAAAUACCAUGUUUUGUGCCAAGUAACGGUGGAUUCAUUAACCGAAGACACAAAUGUUUUAUCUCAAGAUUGUCAAACCCUACUAUAACACAGCAACUUGCGCCUCCAGAGUUAGGUGGGGUGUUGUUUUCUGAUCUCUUGGUUCUUGAACACCUAUUGUCAACCUUUGGUCAUUGAGAAUUUUGAUUCUUAGAUUUAUCUAUUUGUUAGGUGAUGUAAAAUUUUCAUAUCUUGGAUAUUGUUUGGUUUAACCAAACAUGUGAUAUUUUAA